AUGAGCAAGAAGAAUGAAAAGGAAAGCUCAAAGCCAAUUCCAUCAGUUAACAAUCAUUCAAACAAACAAAAAGUAUGGCCAACUGAACAAACUCAACCUGAACCAACUGUACCAAUCAAGCAUUUGUAUAAGGACGGAAAGUUUCCAGAGGGAGAAAUCUGUGAAUUGGGACAAUAUGAUUACAAGACCAAGAGAUUUCAUCCUUCCGAAUUGAAACCUAAUACUGAAGAAAGAGAGGAAAAGUUACAAGAACAGCUCAUGGAAGCAAGACAAGCAGCUGAGGUUCAUAGAACUGCCAGAAAAUGGUUCAAGGAUUCAGUUGUUAAACCUGGAAUGAAGGUUAUUGAUGCAGCUGAAAUGUAUGAAGCAAAGGUUAGAGAAUUGUUGGAAGCUGACAAGAAGAAGAGUGGACUCGCAUUUCCAUUGGGUUGUUCCAUCAAUCAUGUUGCUGCUCAUUAUUCACCAAAUGGUGGAGAUGAAACUCUUAUUGGAAAGGAUGAUGUGAUCAAGUUUGAUUUGGGAACUCAUGUAAAUGGAACCAUUAUUGAUUCUGCAUUUACCAUGUGUUGGAAUGAUCAAUAUCAGCCAUUGUUGGAUGCUGUCAAGGAAGCAACAAACAUGGGUGUCAGAACAGCUGGCAUUGAUGUUAGAUUAGGAGAUGUUGGAGCUGCUAUUCAAGAAGUAAUGGAAUCUUAUGAAGUUAUUAUUAAUGGAAAAACUCACAGAGUUAAAAGCAUUCAAAACUUGUGUGGACAUUCUAUUGAAAGAUAUCAUGUUCAUGCAGGUAAAUCAGUUCCAAUUGUUGCUUCUUCUAAUAACACCAAAAUGGAAGAAAAUGAAUUCUUUGCAAUUGAAACUUUUGGUUCCACUGGAAAAGGAUAUGUCAUUGAAGAAGGUGUAUGCUCACAUUAUGGAAGAAAAUUUACCUACAAUGGUGACGGUUCUGAAUUGAAAAAUAAGGAAUCUAGAGAGCUACUUAAAGUCAUCAAUGACCAUUUUGGAUCCAUUCCAUUUUGUCGUAGAUACUUGGACAGAACUGGUCAAAAAAAAUAUCUCACUGCUCUUCGUGAUUUGGUUAACAAUGGAAUAGUCAAUGAAUAUCCACCAUUUGUAGAUGUUAAAGGAUGUUAUACUGCUCAAUUUGAACAUACCAUCUUCUUGAGACCAACCUGUAAGGAAGUAUUGAGUAGAGGUUCUGAUUAUUGA